CCCUCCGCCUGCAUUCAGCUGUUCUCUUCUAACCUGCACUAUUAAAGCGCUUCGGUUGCAUUUUACUCAAAAGAGACCAGCUGCAUAAAACAUCAUUAAACACCAUUUUUUAGCAGACAUGGACCGGAUGGACAGCGACUAUUCCAGCUUUGAGAACCCGUUACUCAGCGAGAUGAAGCAGUUCUGCAAGAAAUUAAAAGAGGCCUGUAAUGAAUUAAAGGAGGAUCUGACGCCGUACAAAAACGACCGAUUCUACAGGUUAGCUCCCAUGCGUCUCUACACACUCUCGAAGCGACACUUUGUCCUGGUGUUUGUGGUUUUCCUCUUCUGUUUUGGGGUCUCCACCCUCAUCGGUGUUUCAGGACCAAAAAUCGUAAGUGAAAACUACAACAACGGUUUAAACGUCAGUGUCAAUGGCUCAAAGACCGGCCCAUUCCAGCUCCGAUCUCAGCCGCUCUCGAACUAUAACCAGCAGCUGUGGCUCACCUGUGUCAUUCAGAUCCAGAACACCGUUGGAGAUUUCCGGAGGGAGUUUGGGAUGAACGUUGAGCUGCAGGGCGUGAUGCAGGACACGAGCGUGAUGCGCAUCAGUGAUAACGUGCACAAUAAGAACAGGACCCUGCACUGCGGCACUCAACAGCAGGUAUGUGAUGAAAUUAUCGUGUUGCAUCUGGGUUACCUGAACUACACACGGUACCAGGUCAACGUCAGCUUCAGGAAUCUGGACGAUCUGAAGGCCAGUAUCAAAAACGUCACUUUUGUGUUUAAGAUGUACAACACCACGUUCUCUCAGGUGGAAAUCUGGUUCCGCUUUGUGUUUGUUGUGAUGACCUUCAUAGUGACUUGUAUGUUUGCUCACUCCUUGAGGAAGUUCUCCAUGAGGGAUUGGGGAAUCGAGCAGAAGUGGAUGUCUAUUCUUCUGCCUCUGCUGCUGCUUUAUAACGAUCCGUUCUUUCCGCUCUCGUUCCUGGUGAACAGCUGGUUUCCGGGAACGCUGGACGCAUUCUUCCAAGCCCUCUUCCUGUGCGCGCUACUGCUGUUCUGGCUUUGUGUGUAUCACGGCAUCAGAGUACAGGGUGAGCGGAAGUUCUUGACGUUCUACCUGCCGAAACUCGUAAUCGUCGGGAUGUUGUGGCUGUCAGCCGUUACUCUGGGAAUCUGGCAAACGGUGAAUGAGCUGCAGGAUCCCACAUAUCAAUAUAAAGUAGACAUCCAGAACUUCCAGGGAAUGAAAAUCUUCUUUCUGCUGGUGGUGGGGGUGUAUGUUCUGUAUCUGGUGUUUUUGGUGGUGCGAGCGUGCUCCGAACUCAAGAACAUGCCUUACACAGAUCUGCGACUGAAGUUUCUGACAGCGCUGACGUUGGUCGUGUUGGUAAUUAGUAUGGUCAUUCUGUACCUGAGAUUCGGCUCCAAGGCUCUGCAGGAUAACUUUGUCGCAGAACUUUCUACACACUACCAGAAUUCAGCUGAAUUUCUCUCUUUCUACGGCCUUCUCAACUUUUAUCUCUACACGUUAGCGUUCGUCUACUCGCCCUAAAAUGCUCUUUAUGAUUCCCAGCUGAAAGACAAUCCCGCCUUCUCCAUGCUCAAUGACUCGGACGAUGAGGUCAUUUACGGGAGCGAUUACGAAGAAAUGCCUCUUCAAAACGGCCGUGCCAUCAAAGCGACCGCCAAGUACCAGGAUGACAGUGAAAGUGACUGAUCCGGCUUCUGAUUGGACGAGAGUGAAACUGGCCUCUUUGGGGGAUGUAUAUAGACUCAUCAUUGUAUACUCUGUGUUAACAUACAUGCCUGUAUAUUUUUAAAGAUAAAGAUGAGGUGUUUUUCAAUGUAACUCCACGUGGCCUGAUUUCAGUCAUCACUGACGCUGUCGGUCGUACGGUGUCAUUGAAGGGACGUGUGCAAGAUUUACCUGUUAAGCUGUUUUGGUUUUCCCCCCUCGGACCGUUAAAUCUGAACAGAUGAGACUCCAGUAAUGCAUCGGGGAAGACGCUGAUCUGCACACAUGAAGUAGAGCCACUUUGCAUAUGUAGCGAUCUAAUGUGCUCAUUUUAUUUGUUUUAUUUAUUGUUUUUUUCUCCCCAAUUUGGCUCGCCCAAAGUCCUCGUGGUCAAUCCGGGUGGCGGAGGACGAAUCUCAGUUGCGUCUGAGAGCGUCAAUCCAAGCAUCUUCUCAUGUGACUUGUUGAGCGUUACCGUGGAGACGUAGCGCGUGUGGAGGCUUCACGCUAUUCUCAUCGAUCCACGCACAACUCGCGUGGUUACCCCAUGUGACUCUACCCUCCCUAGCAACCGGGCCAAUUUGGUUGCUAAGGAGACCUGACUGGAGUCACUCAGCACGCCCUGGAUUCAAACUCACGACUCCAGGUGCGAUAGUCAGCGUCAAUACUCGCUGAGAUACCCAGACCCUCCCUAGCAACCGGGCCAAUUUGGUUGCUAAGGAGACCUGACUGGAGUCACUCAGCACGCUCUGGAUUCAAACUCACGACUCCAGGUGUGAUAGUCAGCGUCAAUACUCGCUGAGAUACCCAGACCUUCCCUAGCAACCGGGCCAAUUUGGUUGCUAAGGAGACCGGACUGGAGUCACUCAGCACGCACUGGAUUCAAACUCACGACUCCAGGUGUGAUAGUCAGCGUCAAUACUCACUGAGAUACCCAGACCUUCCCUA